AUGCUCGGGUCGGACGUCGCGCACCUCGUCGCGCUUCUCAAGGAGCCGCCCUUUGAGCUCCACCACCUCACCGGCCCUCGGCUCGGCGAGCUCGGCGGCGAGGAGACGCGAAGGCUCGCGGUCGAUGUCUUCUCCAAGCUGAGCCCGCCGGGCGCCUUCCAAGGGUCGGCCACGGGCGGCACGCUCGCCGAGGAGGGCGAGCGCACCACCGCGAAGCUGUUGGAGUUUUUGAGGCACGUCAAGUACAGGCCCGAGAGCGGCGACGAGUCCGCUCAGCGCAAGGCGUGGCAGCUGGGCGACCACGACGUCGUGCUCCCCGCGCUGAAGUGGGUGCUCGACAACCGCGAUCGAUGCGAGAAGCGCGCCUACGUCGGCCACUUCAUGGCUGAUUACGCGGUGCCUGGCGAGUACGCCAUGGACCCCGAGAUCCAGGACCUGAUGAACAACACCCACGAGCUGCAGAGGGCGUUCGUGGAGGCGCACAAGGAGUGCGAGCAGGCGCGGCGGGAGGCGAAAGAUCCCGUCAAGCUAAAGUCGCAAAUCGCGGAUCUGGAGCGAGAGCGCGAACAGGUGCGGCGCCGAAUCGACGUCACGAAGGGGAAAGUGGCGCAACGCGUCACGGACCCGCGCGAGCUGGACGAGCUCGUCGCCCUCGCGCAGUCCCUGAGGGAGGAGCAGGAGCAGGAACACGAGCUCGCGAGGCAGACGAGGGAUCAGACGGAGCGACGCGAUCUCGCCGAUCGCCGCCGCAAUCGCGCCGCGACUAGGAUCAGGGAGCUCAGAACGUCCCUGGCGUCUGGGUCCCCCGCCGCGCUGCUGCAACAGCUCGCCGACGAGGUCAACGCGCGGAAGCAGCUGGUGGAGGAGAAGCUUCCGGCGGAUCUGGCGAAGAAACGCGCGAGGCUCGCGGCUGUGCGGGAGAUUUUAACCUCGGACGUGCGCACCGACUCGGACAUCGCGACGCAGACGUCUGAGGUUAACAAACUCUCCGCGGAGGUGCGCGAGCUCGAGGACGAACUGUCGGAGGCUAUGGCUAAACGGGACGAUGACGUCCAGCUCCGCCAGCAGGCGCAGGUGGCCAAGACGAUCGCGGCUAAACGCGCGAGCGCCGUAGCCAAAAGAGACAGGCUGGCGCAGCGGCGUAACCAGGUGGUGGGCGAGUACGAGUCCGCGUCCGCGCGCCAGGAGGGCGACGGCUCCGCGCCGGGGGACGCGCCGGGCGGCCGAGCGGCGACCGAUCCGGACGAGAUGAAGGCCAGGUUCGAGUCGGUCAAGGCGAAGCUGGCCAAGUACAAGUCGCUCAAGCGCGAGCUGGACGAGCUCAACAUGGAGGCGGCGGUGCUCGCGCGCACCGAGGCCAUCUUGGAGGAGGACGCGCGCGGGGUGAUGGGAGACGUCGCCGAGGAGGAGCGCAGGGCGGGCGUCGCCGGGUUCGCGCAGGCGCAGGAGACGCUGGAGCAGGUGUCCAAGGCGAAGGGCGACGUCGACGCGGCUAAGGGCGCAGCGCUGGAGGAGAUCAACGCCUUCGUCGCGGAGAUUACCCGGAAGAUUAAGGAACGGAAAGGGGCGCUGCAACCGAAGAUCAAGGAGCUGAGGGACCUCCGGCAACACUUCGGUGCCCUCGAGAGCAAGCACGCGGACGCGAAGAAGAGGUACGACGUCGAGGCUGCGAAGCACCAGAAGAAGCGCGACGCGCUCGAGUCGGAGGUUAACCAACUUCGAGCGCAGGUUCUCGGAGACGAGACCAAGUAUCAUCGCAUGAACAUCGAAUCGGCGCUGGUGGAGGCGCACGCCAAGCGGGCGACGGGCGGCGACGCGCGGCGCUACGACGCGAUGUACCGGGCGGCGGUGGACGAGACGGACAACGAAACGAAGCGUCUGAAUGAGAGGACGGAGGAGGUUAGGAAUAACUUCUCGCAAGGGGUCGAGGCUGUGGAGGCGCUCAAGGAUCUCUACCGGAUCUUGGACGUCAAGCUGAGGGUCACGAGGCGGGACAUGGCGGGUGAGUCGCUCGGGCAGACGACGACGUACGGGGGCGCGAACGUCCUCAGCAUGUGA